GCUUACGGGUGCAAAAUAUUAGAGAGACAGGAAGGGGGUCAGCAAGCCAGAAUGACAGAAGGAAAGUAAAUUAAUAAGAAAAGGGGAAGGAGAGAUGUGAGGUAGUUUAUUUGAGAGGAGAUUUGAUCGGCUCACAAUGUUAAGAUUAAGUCUCCUGCUUACCCUGCUCUUCCACUCGACCUACUCGAUGCUGCUGGGAUGGGUGGAGUCUCCAGGUUAUCCCAGUGGAUACUUGCCCCAUGCCAGUCUGAACUGGAGCAGAUGUGCCCCCAAAGGUCACAUCCUCUCCAUCAGGCUCAUCCACCUUGACCUGGAAGACAGCAUAGACUGUGAAAAUGAUGCCGUGAAGGUCUUUUCAAAUGGAAGUUUAAUUUCUGUUCUGUGUGGCAAAAGGGAAUUUGAGGAUCUUCAGUCCACUGUAAAUCCCUUGCUCCUCUCCUCCCCGGGCGGCUGUCUCUCUCUUACUUUCCACUCCGACUACUCAAACAACGAGAGGCACACUGGCUUCAGAGGCUUUUACACUGUACAAGACUUUGACGAAUGUGAGGACCCAGAUAAUGGAUGCACCCAGUUCUGCCACAACUUCGUUGGAGAGUACUACUGCUCCUGUCGCCAUGGUUACCACAUGGACACAGACAAACACACUUGCACAGUGAGUUGUAACAAGGAUCUGUCUGGGAAUCACAGCGGCGACAUAUCCAGUCCCUCCUGGCCUGAUUCAUAUGCAGAGAACGCCAAUUGUCAGUACACCUUGUCUGUGGAGGCCCACCUGGAGCUGGAGCUGCUCUUCUCUGAGGGUUUUGAUGUGGAGAAGAGGUCCGAUGGCCAAUGCAUAGAUGCAUUGAGGAUCGAGACUCCCUCUAGGACUCUGGGACCAUUCUGUGGACAAACGCCUCCCUCAAGUCCCCUCCUCACUCACUCACAUCGUGUGACAAUCUACUUCACCUCUGACAGCUCUGGCACCAACAAAGGCUUCAAUUUCCACUUCAGGAUCAGAGAUAAGGUCUGUACAGCGGAAACCCCACACUCCACUGUGACUCCUCAGAAAUCAGAAUAUCAUCGGGGCCAAACAGUGACAGUAACUUGUGAUCUUGGCUAUGUUUUAAACACUCCAGGCAUCCAGACCCAGGCACCACAGCACGAGACCACAUGCCAGAGUACAGGAGAAUGGUACCCUCCUUACACCUGUGAAAUUGUGGAUUGCGGUUCACCUGAUAUCCCAGAAGAUGGCAUCCUUCAGUUGGUGAACUCUCAUGAUGCACACACUAAGUAUAAAGCCCAGAUCCAGUUUAACUGCAGUUCAAAGUACUAUACACUAGAAGGAGAAGACACAUACACUUGCAGUGAAAGUGGUGAAUGGGUAUCAAGUAGCGGAGAGAGAGAAAUGCCAAAAUGUACUCCAGUGUGCGGGAUACCUGAAAAGGACUCUUGGAGUGCAGGCAGGAUUCUGGGAGGUCAGAAUGCAAAGCUGGGACAAAUACCUUGGCAACUUCUCAUAAAAGAGCCAAGUAGAGGAGGAGCAUCACUGAUCAAUGACCAAUGGGCUGUCACAGCAGCUCAUGUUGUGGAAAAUUCAGAAGAUACCUCUUUGCGCCUGUUUGGUGGACUGGUAGAUGGAAGGACAGCAGAUAGCUCGCCUGAUGUAGUUGUCAUGGACAGUGAGAGGAUCAUAAUUCACCCUGGCUACACCAUAGGCACUCCCCCUGAACAACGCACUAAUUUUGACAAUGAUAUUGCUCUUAUCAAAUUAGCUUCCAAGGUGAAUUUUGGCCCAAACCUCCUUCCCAUUUGUCUGCCAGAGGUAAACAAGGGCUUGAUAGAAUAUGAGCAAGGCACAGUUUCAGGAUGGGGAUUGACAGAUAAGAAAAAUGGACCGGACCUGGUCACGUCUCGUAUGUUGAAAUACGCACAUAUUGGGGUCCAGCCCCUUAACCAGUGCCAGGAUACACCUUACUCACCAACCAACAACCGCAUGGUUUUCACUGAAAACAUGUUCUGUGCUGGAGCACCGGGGAAGGACAGCUGCCAGAAAGACAGUGGAGGUCCAUUUGUUUUACCUGUGUUGUCGGCAAGCAGAGGGCCGUUUUAUCUGGCAGGCAUUGUGUCCUGGGGACCCCCCUGUGAGCAAAGAAUGAACAAGGGUUAUUAUACCAAAGUGGCGAAUUAUGUAAACUGGAUUAAGGAGACAAUAGAUCAAGAAGAAAAAUCUUAUCCAUCGCAAACACUGGAAACAACAGACUUUGUGACAUUAAUGUUUCACUUGAAUGUGAGGCAUUUGCUCCUACAGCAGCAGAUCAGCUCACUCACAGAGAUAUUUAAUCCAGAGAUGGAGUGGAGCUUCUGUGUCAUCUGGUUUCUGUAUGUGUCAGUGUGUGAGUGCGUUCAGCUGCCGGACUCCGAGCCUCUAAUGCAUGGGGAGGUCCAUUCUCCCCAGUACCCCCAGCCUUACCCUCCCAACCUGCUGAAGCAGUGGGACCUCAGUGUACCUGAGGGCUACCAGAUCCGACUCACCUUCACACACUUGGACAUUGAAGCUUCUGCAGGCUGCUACUACGAUGCCCUCACAGUUCUCUAUGACGAAAAGGUCUUGGGAAGGUUUUGUGGCAAAGAGAAUUCUGCUGAUGGGAACCAUCCCAGCGACCAGCCCAUCCUGUCACCAGGCAACAGACUCACCCUCAUUUUCCAGACAGAUAACAACAACCCAGAGCAGCACCAGAACAUUGGCUUCUUCGCUCAGUACCAGGCAAUAGACAUAGAUGAGUGUUCUGCUCCUGCACCUGGAGAUGGCUCAGAUCCUCUCUGCUCUCAGAUCUGCCUCAACACCCUUGGCUCGUACCUCUGUUCCUGCAACCACGGCUACGAACUUCGCUCGGACCAGCGCACCUGUGUGUUGUCCUGUGGUGGUGGUAUUUUUGAUGAGCCAGAGGGACAUCUGUUCAGUCCAGGAUACCCUAACGCCCCACCUUAUUCCGUGUCCUGUCAGUACAUCAUUUCUGUAGAAUCUGGUUUCACUGUGUCUCUCAGUUUCGCCGACAACUUCCACAUCGAGGGCAUUGACACUGAGCAAGGCCCAAACUGUCCCCAUCACUGGUUGCAGGUGACUGUUCGAGACAAAGAGCCCAUAAAGCUGUGUGGGAAAAAGAGUCCAGGUCUGAUAGCUACAAACUCCAACACUGUCAAGCUGGACUACUACAUUGAUGGCGAAGGCCUAAGCAACGGCUGGAGUCUGAACUACAGCACACACAGAGUGAAGUGUCCAUUCCCUGGUAAAGUCACUAAAGGCAGGGUCACGCCUGUCAUGACAGAGUAUUUCUACAGAGACUACAUCUUUGUGCGCUGUGACCAAGGAUACAAGCUGAUGAUGGAUGGUCAGGAGAUCGAGAACUUCUCCACCAUGUGCCAAAGCAAUGGACAGUGGCACCUCCCUCUGCCAGAAUGCCACAUAAUUGAUUGUGGAGAACCUGCACCUUUGCUGAAUGGAGGGGUGACCUUCCUGACUGGCUUUCAGAAUCAGUACCUUUCUGUUGUUCAGUAUCGCUGUAAUGAACCGUUUUACUCUCUCCUUGGGAGCAUAAAUGUAACCUUCACCUGUGAAGCAGACAGAAAGUGGAGAUCCAACAAUGAUGUUAUUGUCAGUCCAACAUGCAUACCAGUUUGUGGCCAGCCAACAAAGCACCUCUCUGCCUAUCAGAGGAUCAUUGGAGGCAAUGUUGCUCCAGACAAUACCAUCCCCUGGCAAGUGCUGCUGAGUAUAGAUGGACAUAGAGGAGGAGGCAUGAUAAUUGCAGACCGCUGGAUCCUGACAGCAGCUCAUGUUGUGAGAAAUGAAGGAAAAACAGCAUUAAACGACACUGUACGGAUUUACAUGGGACUUAAUGAUGUGCAACACUUGAUGAGCUCUCCCAUGUAUGCUGCCUCAGUCCAUGUUCACCCUGGUUACAACAACCCCAACAGCCUAGACUACAACAAUGACAUUGCCUUGAUCAAACUGCCAGACCCCCUCACAUUCAGCUCAUCCAUAAUGCCCAUAUGUUUGCCAGCAGAGGAUGCCACAUAUGUCACUGGCAUGAUGGGAGUGGUCUCAGGCUUUGGCAUUACAGACAUCGGUAAAGCACGGAUUUUAACAAAUAAGCUGAAGUAUGUGCACCUCCCUGUGGUGGAGCAGGAGACAUGCAGUAGAUCAAUCACUUCGAUUAAGCAGAGAAGGGACAACGUGCCAAACCUGACAAAUAACAUGUUUUGUGCUGGAGUCCCUGAAGGUGGGAAGGACUCCUGCCAAGGUGAUAGUGGAAGUCCCUAUGCCCUGAUGAACAACGGACGGUUCUGGGCUGCAGGGAUUGUUAGCUGGGGGGUUGAGUGUGGACAGCAGGGAACAUAUGGAGUCUAUACCAAAGUCACCAACUACCUGGACUGGAUCAACAAGACCCUGCACGAGAACUGAAAUUUACAAUCAUUUGUUACAACCUGAUGCAAAGAUUAUUACAUCUACAAUGAAAUAAGACAAAAUAUAACAAAUUUUGCUCUAAAUAUAAUCUCAGCUGCAGUGUUUGCAAUACAUAUUGUGCUACAAGAAAAGCUAUGAAAUAAGAUAAUCUUCCAGUUGAUGAUUAAGAGCAAAUUCCUACUUAUCAUGAUCUGGGCCAUUUCAAAACUAAAAUGAAUGAAUGAAUUAAUGUCAUACAGAUUGUCAGUGCAAUUUUUCAUCUUUAAAUCUUCCAAAAGCAUUUUUUCUUCAAAAUGGAAUAAAGCAUAAUAAUGCAGA